UCCUCCCUGGUGAUCGGACGGAGGUAGAGCGCACUAAUCAGCAGGAGUGCGCAAAUCGGUCGGCAUGCACCUGGAGAGGAACGGCCCCGCCAAACCGGCCAAGGGCUCAGCCAGAGCAGGAUGCGGAACGAUCCUCUAACGACAGUGAUAUAGCAGCAGAGCACCGGCUGGAUAUCGCAGCUGCAUCAUGGGCGUGGGAGAGAGGCGCAAUCAAAGCGACAGCGAUGUGAUUCCACAGACAUAAGAAGGGUGGGUGGGGGGAACCCGAGUUACGUUUGGAUCAGAGUUGUACCGGGUGCAUUGUAAAGGUUCGAUUUGGUGGAUCUAUUUUAAAUUCAUCAAACACAGUACUUUUCCCCCUGGUCCACCUUCACUGGAGUUUAAAGAGAUGGAGAAAAGCGCACAGCAGCAGCAGUCCAAAAGCGCAGAGAGUCCAGCUGAGGACAUCUCCAAAGUACCCGACGAGGAGCUGAUGAAGUGGGGUAAAGAAGAGCUGGUGAGGCGGCUGCGGAGGGCAGAAGCGGAGAAAAGGGGCGUCAUUGUGGAGCACGGCAAUCUGAUGCGGGAGGUGAACCGGAGACUCCAGCAGCACCUGAACGAGAUACGGAAUUUGAAGGACGUGAACCAGAAACUGCAGGAGGACAACCAGGAGCUGCGGGACCUGUGCUGCUUCCUGGAUGAUGACCGGCAGAAAGGGAAGCGCGUGUCACGUGAGUGGCAGCGUCUAGGCCGCUAUAGCGCUGGCCUUAUGAGGAAGGAGGUGGCCAUCUAUUUGCAGAAGCUUAAGGAGCUGGAGCAGCGGCAAAUGGAGGUCAUCUGGGAGAACUUGGAGCUCAAGGAGGUGUGCCUCAUGCUAGAAGAGGAAAGGGCUGCAGCUGUCGCUGGAAGCACAGGGGGAGGUGGUGGUGGUGUUGUGGGUGGUCAGGGAGGCCCUGGCUGCAGGAGCUCCAUUGACAGUCAGAGUAGUCUGUGUCAGCUGGGCGGAGGUGUGCCUGCGCCAGGCCUGCUGCGGGAUGUUGGCGAUGGGAGCAGCACCUCCAGUGCAGGGAGCACUGACAGCCCAGAUAACCCCCACCAUAAACCCUCUCCCAUUGGCUCCAAUUCAAGCCCUGGAUCAAAAGGCAUCUCCUCAGAGCAAAAGGGAGAUGUUUGUGAAUUUAGUGGGAGGAGGCGCAGUUCCACCACAGAGUACUACACCUUCCCCCAGGCCUGCCGCCCCCGUGGAGGAUCUCUCACCAACCUAGAGCCCCACAGCUUUCGAGGACACAGCCCAGAGAAACACAGCAAGUCUCCUACCAGGCUACCUUGUGAUUCCCACUCAAAACCCUGCAGCUCUGACCUAUUAGCCCAGAAACAGCUACUAAUGUCAGGACAGGCAUCUCCAGGCAGCGGGAAGGGCUCGGCUAAGUCCAGCCCAGAGCUGAGUCAGCGACACUGGCAGGUAAACUCAACAGGGGCUUGCUGUGGGAGUCCUGAAGCCAAGCAGGCAGCGAUGGGUACACCUGAGCACCUGAAAAAAGGGCGGGUGAUUGUAGGGAGUCCAGAGUCUGUACGGCACCACUAUCACUAUCAUCACAGCCCAGCGGUGGAGCACAGCAAGGGGAAGUAUAGCAGUGGCUCCCCUAGUAGGGAUAUUGGUCACAGGAGACCAGCGGAAGAGGAGAUGGCCCCCCACCACCAGAGUCUGUACAACGUAUUUGUGUACAUGUAA